AAUGUGAUGUCACCUCACUGGUGUACAGGCAUUCAUCUCAGUAACAGCGGCUCCAGCUCAGCUCCAGCUCAGCUCCACAGAGGCUCGGCACCGAGAGAGACAUUUACGCACAGGAAUAAAACAGCUGCGGAUCUGAGUCUGGCUGUCAGUCUGUGGCCUUUUUUGUUUUAGAUUUUAGUGAUUUAGUCACAUUUCAUAUGCACGCUGGACCUUUUUGGCCUUGGUGAUUCAGGAUUUGCUGUUUGAUGGAAAGCCUCUUUGAAGCGCGGUCUGACUUGACCAGGUUACUGAGCAGGAGCGCAUUCUCCGUACUGACUAUAGGGCAGCUCUGCGCACAACCUCUUAACUGUUGUGGAGGAACAGCGGGAGGAAAAAUCACAAACAUGACACAAAGGGACAAUCUGGAGACAGCAUGGAUUUAAUCCUGUCGAAUCUGUCAGUGGAAAAUGGCUCCGAGGACGAGAACAGCACGGACGCACCGCUGGCUUUUCCGCACUCUCAGGCGGCCACUGCACUCAUCAUCCUCGUCGUAACGGUGAUCAUUUCGCUGACCAUUGUUGGUAAUGUGUUGGUGAUCGUCGCGGUGCUGACCAGCCGCGCUCUCCGUGCGCCCCAGAACCUUUUUCUAGUGUCUUUGGCAUCGGCGGACAUUCUGGUGGCCACGCUGGUCAUUCCCUUCUCUCUGGCCAACGAGGUCAUGGGCUACUGGUACUUUGGGAGCACGUGGUGCGCCUUCUAUUUGGCUCUGGACGUGCUGUUCUGCACCUCAUCCAUCGUGCACCUGUGCGCCAUCAGCUUGGACCGUUACUGGUCAGUAACCAAGGCUGUCAGCUACAACCUGAAGCGCACGCCGAAGCGCAUCAAGUCCAUGAUCGCUGUGGUGUGGGUGAUAUCUGCCAUCAUCUCCUUCCCUCCUCUCCUCAUGACCAAGCAUGACGAACGGGAGUGUCUGCUGAACGACGAGACCUGGUACAUCCUGUCAUCCUGCCUCGUGUCUUUUUUCGCCCCGGGUCUUAUCAUGAUUUUGGUUUACUGUAAGAUCUACAAAGUGGCCAAGCAGCGCUCCUCUACUGUAUUCGUGGCCAAGAACGGUUUGGAGAGGCAGCCCUCUCAGUCGGAGACCUGCUUCGUCAGGAAGGACCGGUUCGAGAUGGAGAGUCCCAGCAGUCAAGGCUCGGAAAGCCAACAGAAAAGACAGGGGGAGCUGGACGACAUCGAUCUGGAGGAGAGCUGCUAUACCUCAGACUCCAAACCGCGCAAUAAUCGAUUCUCCAAGCGCAGGAAGGUGGAGGGUUCGGACUGCUGCCCACCGCAGAACUGUCGGCUCUCCUGGGCAUCGGCUCGGUCCUCACAGCCCUACCCGGAGCAGAAGAACCCAACUGAGCGACCACAGAUGGCCAACAAGACCAAAGUGGCCCAGAUGCGCGAGAAACGUUUCACCUUCGUGCUGGCGGUGGUGAUGGGAGUCUUCGUGCUUUGCUGGUUCCCUUUCUUCUUCACCUACAGUCUUCAUGCCAUCUGCAGAGACCGGUGCUACAUCCCCGGCGCACUUUUCAACCUCUUCUUUUGGAUUGGCUACUGCAACAGCUCCGUCAAUCCCAUCAUAUACACUAUUUUCAACAGGGAUUUCAGAAGAGCCUUCAAGAAGAUCAUAUGUAGAACUACUAAACGCACAUAGCAGUGAAAGAGACACACUUCAUUUUGGAUGUUGGUGUUCAAUUCCUCAUGUCUGACCAGGUCCGAUCUCCGAGUCAUUUUAGUGUAACAGUGGUAUUAUGGGGAAAAAAGUUCUCGUCUCGUGUAAACGUGUAAAUGUCAGUGAAUAAAAUGUAAAGUGGAGCAAAAAAAAAAAAAAAAAAAACUUUACUUCCCUGGGGUUUGAAAGUCAACAGAAGUCUAUCAAGAAGAGUGCAACCCUUUCUUAACUGCAGGGGGUGCUAGUGGCACAAUUGCGUUGUACUGAUUGAAGAACUGAUUGCUGCUGCAACAUGAUUAUUUUUGCAUAAACCUAAUUUAUUUUAGUGUCAUUUUUGACUAAACAUGCAAGAGUUGGUCACUGAUAUUGGAUUUACACCGUCAAUUCUAAAACAUGUACAGUAAGUGUUGCAUUUGGUAAUAAUUCCCGCUAUCCUCCUCUUGUGGCAGCUCGUAAAUUGAAACAGUGUACUUAAUGGCGCCUCCUGUGGCAGCCUGUAAAUUUCCCCUUUCUGGUAUAUUUAAGGGACUCAUCAUCAUUAUUAUUAUUAUUAUUGCAGUUCUGGCUCAUUUGAGUCUCAUUACUGCCACCUAUAGGGUGAUGGUAAACAUCUCUAUCCAGAAGCAUUCCAAUCAGCUGCAAAAACAUUAUUUUACGAUUAUUUUUCUGAUGAGCAGACGUGGUGAGGAGCCGACAUUUGUUGGCAUCACGACAUGUAGCUCCAAUACAUCUUUGCCUGCUGCGGCUUUAAGCAUUAGCGAGACGCUGAGCCACUUUCUUAUCAACAAACCCCCCAAAUUUACGUAAGAGUCUAAUCUCACACCCCCACCUCACAGCAGAACAAUGGCCACGCUGGAGCAUGAGUGUGUGUGAAUGUGUGUGUGUGUUCAACUGCGUCAGAUAAAUCUGCAUUUCUCACCUUAACUUAAUAUUAUGUCUGUAAAUAUUUAAGCAGCAGCAGUGUGUGUGUGUGUGUGUGUGUGUGUGAGUGUGUGUCCACAGUCCCUGACAGAAGAGGAGUUUAAAUCUGGGUUAGGGUGUCCUGCACCACAUUCAUUUCUGUCUUUUGACAAGAAAAAAAAUCUUCCUGCGAGAUGAAAAGAAAACACAAAUACAAGUGUGAGUGACUUUGACAGCGCUAAAAAUAAUGAGGAAAGAAGAACAUCCUGCCCACUCGGUCUGAAAUAUAGAAUCCCUGGCCUUCGUUGGAACUCGUCAUCUGUAAAAAAUCCCCUUGGUUCAGUCUCAUGGUUUAUUAUCACUACAAUGUGAAAAAGCUCGAAAUCUUAUAACCAAAGCUUCUGUUUAAAUCUGUGAUUAUAACAACAACGUAUUUGAUAAGAGAUGACAUCACGGUGAAUGUUUGGUGUCCAUUUGAAAUGAAUGAAAUGACAGUGUCACUUUAACAUAGAAUCAGUCGGAGACUCUUCUGUUAAUUGGAUUUGAGACAUUCUGUUGGCCACUGCUGGCAGGAACACAAACUUCAGAAUUUAUUUAUGUAUAAAUUUAUAAUUUAUAAAUGUGUCUAAAAAGAAAAAAAAAUCUUGUAUUAAUGUAUUAAGAUACUGAGCAAAACUGUUUCCCAUAAAGCUGCACACUGUGGUUGGUUCAAGUACAUCUAGGAAAAUAAACAUCUAUGAGAGUAAGUGAAAAAAAUCUUUACGUGAAAAAAAACUAUGUUUUUACAAAUCCUCAAUUUAAUUGUAAUUCAUCUUUUGUGUUAAUUGAGUGUUCCAAUCAAUAUUUUAAGUGGCUUCCAUUCAAAGUUUGAAAAAAAACAAAACAAAAACUGAAACAGACAGAUUUAGAAACUAUCUUAGAACUUUUCGACUCACCCUGGUACACUGGAAUGGUUAGGAUGAACUCAUGCACAUGAAAAGGCUUUUUUUUCUUCUCCAGGGAGACCUGUGGUUAGAGAGCAGACUUCUGACCUGAUCCACUGGGGUGUAUUUUCUGCAUGGUGGUGCUCAGGAUAAAUACACCACAUAUAGCGUCUCAGAAAUGUCUUCAAAGGCCUCCCAUGGCUCACUGGUGCCUUGCCAAAGAUAAUCACGCCGUCGGAGUGUCGUCAUGCUUAAAAGAGUUUGAGACAAAAAGUUCUAAUGAGAUACUUUAUGGCGAUGUGAGCUCAUAUUCAUGAGGGCGUGACGCCGAAAAAUCUCGGAGAACUGCAAGAGAAUAGGUUGUUGCACAAUUUCUCAUCCUUUUGAAGCACAGCAUGGUUUUAUUCAUGAAUUUAAAAAAAAAAAAAAAGAAAGAAUUCCAGAUGAGAAGUGAAGUCAUGAAAGAAACUUUAUCUUUGAAGGGUUUUUCAAACUCUGGAAACACUCUGGGCUCAGAUUAUCUCGAAAGAGUACGGCAGGCUUCGUAUCUUCGUAUCUCCGUAUCUUUGUGAUGCUAAUUGAGAUACGAACAGGACAAUAGAACCUUAUUACACAUGUAACAUGUGAGUUAAUUUCCUCAGGGAGCGCUGUCACCACUCUGAAAGGCUACCUCGUCACCCUUGGCCUGAAAAAUAUUUUACACGGACGUCCGCCUGUGAUUUCUCUAUUGUAUACUGAUUGCGGAGAAUACAUGGGAGUCCCUGGUCGAUCUCACUUCCCAAUUCAAUUAUCUUUUUAAUCAACUGCUGUGCUGUAGCAAGAACGCAGUGUGAUGCUUUUAAUUAGCUGCAGUGACGACUGUUACUCUUCCGCACCUAUGUUACAUUUGUUUUUUUCAAAGUUCAGACCAAAAGAAACCGCAGGAAACCUCGUGUUGUGCUACCAUCACGUCUUUAGUCCAUCCUCCCCCAUAGAUCGUCCAUCGAAAUUCUUCGCAAUACUUCUUACGUUUUCAGUAGAGUAAUUAUCUGCUAACUGCAGUAUUAUUCAAGACAAGUAUGCAUUACACUUUUAUCUUCAUCUCUCAAAUCUGUCUCAUCCCUUCAAAUUUGUCCUAAACUGAAAAAUGAAUUAGAAGACCGCUUCAGAAAGUCAAACCUCUUGAUUGGAGAAGCAGACAUUUACGUUUAGAUUUAUGCGUUUAGCAGAUGCUUUUCUCCAAAGAGGAGGGUUAACAAUCAAGCUUCAUGGAGGAACUCUUGAAAGGAGACCACUAGUCAGGAAAGCUGGGCUUCCAGAUGGUGAGACAGCUGAAGUGGAGAAGAAGCGCGGUGCAGGAGUGGAGAUAAGUGCUAGGACAGGAGGUUCUCACUGAAGAGCUCUUUAGGAACUUCUUGAAGAUAAACCAACAGACCAACUGGACGGAGCCAAAACUUUUCCCGAUGUGGGAAGGAGAAAGUCUGAUCUUUUCUUAUCUUAUUGAAGCUCUUUCCACAGGGUGCCGGUGUAUGUGCUGUGAGAUGUUUAGAAAAGUAGAAAGGGAGAAAAAGGACAAAAGACAAAGGACAAAUUGGACACACAUUUACAAACAAGCAGCCGCGGCGAGAGAUGGAGAGGGUUUGCUUGUUGUCUCCUGUCACAUUACCUCAUUUGUUCGCCACAAUUCAGCGUCUGCAGGUAAUUGUCUUUUUCAAUUGCCUCUAACAAGAUAAGGGUUCUGGAAAAGCAAGGCCGAAACCGUGUCCAUCCCAGGCUUAGCCGCUUAUCAACAGACGAAGUUCCAGCUCGUCGUUAGUGUAAAUCAGACGCUGUCAUGUCCAAGUCAGGCAGAGAAUCAAAUCAUGUGUCUCCAGGCCUCACUAAUAUAUGACCCCGUUGAUCGCAGACAGCCCAGGUAUGACUCCGAGUGUCAGGGAAAAUCACACCAUUGCAGUGGUAACUAACUUAGAGGGCGCUGCCAGAUUAUUGGCCCUUUUUUCACUGAGCGUGAGCAGUUGUUUAUCCCACAGGCUUUUUAAUAAAUCAAUCACAGGGUUAAUCUCCUCAACAGGAGCUUGAUCACAUUGGGAACAAUCAUAUAAUAAUAUUAUAUUAUAUAAUGUGUGUGCCGUGUUAUAGAAAAACCUGCAGCAGGUACUGAAAAGGCGAGGAGAUGUUCUAACUCCCUCACUCCCUCCCCCACCUUUCUCUAACAAGGAAGUAUUGUCUCUGCACCUGCUCCAACAGCGGCUCUCCGCCUCUGUGAGUUAAACGCUCCUUCACGACCGUGUACUUUAUUUCUAGUCGGCCGUAAAUCAACCUUCCUGCUGUAAUGCAACUACAAUAAUCCAGCACGGGGACAUCUCCACACCACAA